AUGGCGAAACGACCAUUGGGAUUGGCAAAGGCAGCAAAGCUGAAGAAGGCCAAAACCGAGACCCCUGAGGGUACUCCCGAGCCUACUCAGGAGCAAAAGGAUGCUCAGCUGCAGGUUGAAGUUGAGGAAUCAGAGCCUGACGAAGAUCUUGCCGAAUUGUAUGGACUUUUCAAGACGUUUGACGAUGGUGUCAAGGACAGCCCCAAGCUUGCCCAAGGAAUUGUGCACGAGAGUGAUCGUUUAUUGAGAAAAAACGAGAAAUUGGCUCCUCGCUUUCAUUUGGCUUAUGGAUUGGCCCUGCUGAAUCUUGCUCAGUUUGCUGAUGAGAACGAAGAGCCCGGCAGUACAGAUUCCGCUGCUGCAUUUAUUCAGGCUGCUAUUGAGCGACUCGAUUCUGGUCUGGAUAUCGAGGAAAACCAAGCAGAUUUGUCGGCUGCCAAGGCGCUUGCUUUGGUUGAACAGAUCGACGACAAACUCAGGACCUGCAAAUCAAAAAAGCGGGUUUCUACAGCUAAAGAAAGCAUUCCUCAAAUCAAAGAGGCAAUGAAGCUCGCUGAUCUGUCUAAUGCAGCCACUAGGCGGCUUGCUGAAGCAGUCCGAGCCCUACUAGAGUUUGGUGACUCUCUUGGUUCUUUAAACAACGACAAACUGGACGAUUUCGAAGCAGAAAUUCUCGAGUGGUCAGCCGGAAAGUGCAAGAUUCUGCUGGAUAGCGAAGACGUCAACGUACAAAGAAUGGCCAACAACACUCUUGGCCAGUAUCACCUUUCUCUAGCUACUUCUUUACUUGGUGAAUUCGAGCAGGAAGAUGAAGACUUUGAGCCUGAUCUCAGCAGCAAGAAUGCGAAAAAGGCUCGCAAAUCAUUGACCACAGCAAUUGAGUACCUUGAAAAAGGAGUGAGCGACACUGACCCUCAAAGCUACGUUCAAACCGCAGAAGCUCUUAUUUCGCUGGGGAACCUCCGCGAGAACGAAAGUGCCGAGCAGCGGGCUGAUUACUCCAAAGCUGUCAAACUACUCAAAAAGGCACAACGCACUGGUGCUGGCAGCUUCCACGAUCUAAUUGAUUCUUUGGAGUAA